CUGUUUCGGCUGACGUUAUGGCCGCUGGGAAGAAGCUGCAGGAGGAGGACCGAUUUCGGGAUUUGAAGGAACAGUUUUACACCGCGCGUUCUUUCCCGAGGUCUUCCUUCCCCGCCCCGAGGGCGAUGUGCCUCUGAGCACGUGCAGAGUACCACCGCCUCUACCCGGAGAGGAAGUCUUGUCUUGCUUUUAAAAGCGAGGCCAUGGCAAAAGUGCCUCUCUGAGCAUAUUUUUUAUGUAUUUAACUCUAGGGUGGCGUCCGUGGUUCUCCCGCGCCCUCAUUUUUAACCUCAACACACCAACCCUGUGAGGUAGGUCGAGGGGCAGGGACUGGCCCAAAGCCACCCAAGUGUGAGCUUCCUAGCCUAGCUGGGAUUUGAACUGUGGCCUUCCAGGCUUUAGUCCGACACUUCAAUCCCUUUUAAAUAUUGUGCUUUAAUAUUAAUACAGGAUUGUGUUGCAACCUACCCAGGGACCUUGGGUUGAGGGGUAUGCAAUAAAUAAUAAGAGAAAAGAGAAGACUGUCUUCCGUAAAUUAGAACACAUGGCCACUCCGCUGCCAUAACAGAAGUGUAUAACUGCAGUAGACGAAGAGAACCAGCAUGAAUCCACUAACCAAAGUGAAGCUGAUCAAUGAGCUGAAUGAGCGUGAGGCACAGCUUGGUGUACAAGAUAAGGUCUCCUGGCAUGCGGAGUACAGUGACAGUGCCUGGAUGUUUGUGGGUGGUCUUCCCUAUGAGCUGACGGAAGGCGACAUUCUUUGUGUGUUUUCACAGUAUGGGGAAAUUGUGAACAUAAAUCUGGUGCGUGAUAAGAAGACAGGGAAAUCCAAAGGUUUCUGUUUCAUUUGCUAUGAAGAUCAGCGUAGCACCAUUCUUGCAGUUGAUAAUUUUAAUGGAAUAAAGAUUAAAGGAAGGACAAUUCGUGUGGACCAUGUGGCUAACUACCGCCCACCGAAAGACUCCGAGGAUAUUGAUGAUGUGACAAAAGCUCUCCGAGAAAGAGGAUGUGCUCCAAGUUCACCAGAGUCCCCCAAAGACAGUGAGGUGGUAGUAAAGAAACACAAAAAAGAGAAAUGCAAGAAGAAGAAGAAAAAGAAAAGAGAGCACCAAAAAUGGGUGAAAGAGGAACAACUUGCAGACUCUCCUCCUAAAAGCAGGAUCAAAGUGGAGAAGGAAGACCCAAUGUAUGAACGACAUGCCAAUGCAAGUCAGCAGACCUGGAGUAGCACAUCUGGGCACAAACAUGCAAGCUGGGCACAACAUGAAUGGGAGACUAAGUAGGAGCAUGCGAGAGUUAGGUCUCCAGACAGCCAGAGACAGGGACACGAAAGAACAGAGAGUAAUGCAGUGUGAGAAGCACAAGAAGGUAGAUAGUCCCAAAGAAAGGCCCCGAGCAACAGAAAGCAGAAGAUCUUGGGAGUGAUGUGAGAGAAGCCCUGCAAGGAGGAGUCUUCAAGCCACCACAGACCUGACAUGCAGGGAGCCCUGAAUCCUUGGUGGAGUUAAUGUUGCUGUUGGCCUCCAUUUUUAAAGUAACUUUGUAUUGGUUUUAGAAAUAGAAUAAAAUUUGCAUAUAAAUAGACCCAAGUCUUCACAUGUCAUGUGUGUGUGAGAGAAUUAAAUUCAGCUUCUCCCUGUCCUGUACAACUUGGGGGGUGGGGCAGAAAAUCUUUUGUGUAAACUUGUAAGUUGUGUGUCAAUAACAGUAAUAGUGAUGGAGAAAAAUAAAAAUUAGAACAAGUGUUAGAACAUUCAUCUCCACUCCUUUGUAGUAGUACAAAAUCUGGAAGAAAAUGGGUUUAUAAUAAACACUGCAAUCCUGUUAUGUACCCGAGAAUAAGUCCCACCGAACUCCAUGGAGCUUACUCCUGUGUAGGCAUAUAGACUACACUACUCAUUAUGUCUCUUAUUACAGGCUUGGGCCUCUGUGGCAUUUACCAAAAUCCAAAAGCAACACUGCAGUAGAACUUUACAUUAGGACCAAAGUAAGAUCGAAAAAGAGCAAACCCAAGUUCUGUGAGGAUUGUUAGUCCUCACAGGAAGUAUGAUGCUACUACUGCAUUUUCAGUUUUCCUAGUGGACACCAUGGCUACCUAAAAUUUGUUUGAUUGUGCCAAGAGCUGUCUAGAUAUCCAAUAUGCUAUCCAAUCCUAACAUUUUCCAGAUUGGGAAGGAAUAAUAGUAGCAUUCUUUGUAGCAUCCCAUUGAAUUCUAUUACCGUGUUUCUCCUAAAAUAAGACACGUCUUAUAUUUAUUUUUCCUCCCAAAAAACACACCACGGCUUAUUUUCAGGGGAUGUCUUUUU